GCGCACACGCAGGGAAGGGAGAACGUGUUGCGCACGCAGGGAAUAGAGCCGUGUUUUGUGUUUGUAGCUCCGGCAGUGGGGAGCAGAAGGGUCGCGUGGGAGAAGUGGGAGAGACCAGGACCGCUUCGCUGUAGCUUCCUGGAGUCAUGGAUCGUAGGCACCCCGACCCCAGCCAAGGACCUUGCGGCUCCGCGGAACCCAGGGAUCCAGCCUCCACUGGGCACAGCUCCCCAAGGGCCAGUGUCUGGCCCUCUGAGGGUAGUGCUGGGGACUCUGAAGUGUCCAGGGAUAUGUCAGAGGCUUUCACUGUUGCCCAGGUCCAGAUCCGAAAGCAGAAUGCUAUCACAGAGAGAGAAAGAAGGAAACGGAUCUCUGUAAGCUGUGAAAGGCUCCGGAUCCUUCUGCCCAAGUUUGAAGGUCGUCGAGAGGACAUGGCCUCCAUCCUGGAGAUGGCUGUACAAUACCUAAAGCUUGUUAGAACUCUCGUGCCCACAGAAGAACAGAAUACUAUUCUCGCUCCCUCAGAGGAGGUAUGUCAGAAGUGGCAGAAGAAUGUGUUGAUUCCAAAUACCAGAAAGCAGAUUUCAGAGAUGAAAGCCUUUGAUACAGCUAGACAAAGGGGAUCCCUUGGCUACGGUACUACUCCUGUAGGAAAUAGUAAAUCAGCCCUGAUGUUGGGUGAAUCUGUGGAUGAUGUAUUAGGAGAUAUAUGUUCCAUCUUUGAAAAAGGGCUUUCAGAUCCAGCCCUGCCGCCUCCGGACCUGAGUUUCUCUGAUGCUCCUGUGCACUCUGGUGGGAUGACCUCUUCUCUACCUUGGUCUUCCCUCUUGCCGCCAGCUUUUCCUUUAGAGACCGCAGCAGUGCGGAGAUGGCCAAGUUUGGUGGGGCUCUGCCCUGGGGAAGUCACAUCUCAAGCACAGUUACUGAAGCAUGCACAUGAGCCCUCUGACAUCCUGAUGACACCCACUCUGGACACCAGGUCGAUGUCAGAAUCUGAAAUUGAAGAUGAGAUGCCUUUCCUGCUGGGUGCCCACACUGACCAGUGGCUUGGAGAACAAGGGCCCCAUGAUGGCAAAAGUGGUGAAACUGAAACCUAUUCUAUGACAACCCCGCUCAUGAUGGAUGCCAAGAUGAGUUCCCAAGAUGGGUUCCUCACCAAAUCAGACCUUGAGUUCCUGCCUGGACCAGAUUCCUGCCUCCCAGAGCCUCAAAAGACUCUCCUGGACCAUUUGGAAUUUGAUUCACCCUCUGUGGCCCUAAAUCCUCAGGAUGAAGUGGAUAGCAUAUUUCCUUAUCUCUUUCCCUAUGAAUUAUGAGCUUUGUAAUUUCUGAGCCUUGAAGGGAUCACUGCUAAGUAGGUUGAGGGGGCAGAGAACAGAGAUUUUGAAACAGUGCAGAAACCAGUAUACAUCUGGGCACUUUAUUUUGGGUUUGGAUUGCAGCUGCAGCCUAAUUUGAGAAGGGGGGGAGGGCUGUAGGGAGUGAAAACUGAAUAUUAAAGAGAAGAAGCAAUUUUCUUGGAGGAAGCAAAACUUUUGUGACUUUUGCAUAAUUAAUACAAUUCAGUAAGCAGAUCAGAGUGGAAGCUUAAUCAGGCACUUCUGAUGGAGUUAGAUGAAAGUCAUUUGAUCCUAUAAUUUUGUUUCUGUGAAGGUCUUUUCACCAUUAAAUCCACAAAUAACUCUGACUCUUGGUCUUCUGGGGGAGGGUUGAUGAUGGCUCUCUGUUGUAAUGUUUUGUUCAGUGUGUAGCCCAGAGAAAGUAAUAAUGAUAAAAAAUAACUCAUGCACA